GCCACGUCACGUCACGUCGGAACUAACAAGCCCUGGCAACUUCUUCGGCGAGUCCCCGAAGCGACCGAAGAACCCCCCCCCCCCAAAAAAAGGGGUAAAAUGGCCAGUUAAAAAGACACCGGGGGGACUUUUGGGAUACCGGACUAAGACUCGGACGUCUAACGGCCGCCGGCGAUCCGGAUCCGGACGUUAAGGCGGAAGAGAGAGAGAGGAAAAGAGGCAACAGGAGGGGUCGAGCUGCGCGGACAUGGCGGACAGAUAAGGCGAAGCGAAACCGAAGAGGAGAGGCGGCUGCUGGGUUCUUUUAAAGUUCAUUUUAAUGUAAGCCCCCUCCCCCCCCCCCCCAAGGACUGUACAGACCCCCCCGCACCCCGCAGCCUGCAGCCUGCAUGGCGUCCACUCACGCCCGGCUCGGCCAGCAGGCCUUAGCCGUGCUCGAUGUGGCCCUGCGAGUCCCCUGCGUCUUUAUUAUCGACGCCAUUUUCAACUCGUACUACGACCCGGGUUCGGGAUGGGCCGGGACGACGGGCAAGGUGUUGGUCAGGGUCACGGGUGUGCUGGUCUCCAGCAUGGUGCUGCUGCUCUCCCAGAAGGCCUUGUUCAAGUUCUACACCCUGUUCUCCGCCGUCCUCCUCGGCGUGACGGCGGUGCUCAUCAACUACUACGCCACCUCCCACAUAGACUUCUACAGCGCCUACUACAAAGCGGCGCUGGGCUUCCGGCUGCUUCCCAGGAACGGGCCCACGCUGUGGCUCGGCGUGGCCGCCGUGCAGCUGGUCUUCGGCGUGGGCUACGUGUUCCUGCUCAACCUCCAGUCGGUGUUCGCCGCGCUGGUGGUCCUGGACAUCAUGAUCCCCCUGUGGGGGCUGAUGAUCGAGCUGCCGGCCGACGUGCGGCAGACGGUGGCGGUGUUCUCGGGCCUGGCGCUGGCGCUCAACACGGCCGUGUGCCUGGCCGCCAGGCUCAAGUGGUUCUACUACUCGUGCCGGUACGUCUACCUGCUGGUGCGGCACAUGUACCGGAUCUACGGGCUGCAGCUGCUGCUGGAGGACACGUGGAAGAGGAUCCGGUUCCCCGACGUGCUGCGGGUGUUCUGGCUGACCCGGGUCACCGCCCAGGCGCUGAUCCUGGUCUACGUGGUGCGCGCGGUGCGGCGGGAGAGCGGAGACGCCACGGGCGGCGCCGCGGACGGGAGCGCCGACUCGCAGGACUACCUGCUGAGCUGGGACGUGUUCUGGGACCUCACCAGCAACCUGAUCAUCUCCGGCUGCGACUCCACGCUCACCGUGCUCGGCAUGAGCGCCGUCAUCUCGUCUGUGGCGCACUACCUCGGCCUCAGCAUCCUGGCCUUCAUCGGCUCGACGGAGGAGGAGGAUAAGCGUUUAGGCUUCGUGGCUCCGGUUCUGUUCUUCAUCCUGGCUCUGCAGACCGGCCUCAGCAGCCUGGACCCUGAGGAACGCCUGGUCCGCCUGAGCCGCAACAUGUGCCUCCUGCUGACGGCCAUCCUGCACUUCGUCCACGGCAUGACCGACCCGGUGCUCAUGUCCCUGAGCGCCUCCCACGUCUCCUCCUUCCGCCGCCACUUCCCCGUGCUGCUGGUGUCCGCGGCGCUCUUCGUGCUCCCCGUGGUGCUCAGCUAUGCCCUCUGGCACCACUACGCCCUCAACACCUGGCUCUUCGCCGUCACCGCCUUCUGCGUGGAGCUGUGCCUCAAGGUGGUGGUGUCGCUGACGGUCUACGGCCUCUUCAUGGUGGACGGCUUCUCCAACGUCCUGUGGGAGAAGCUGGACGACUACGUCUACUACGUGCGCUCCACGGGCAACAUCAUCGAGUUCCUGUUCGGCGUCAUCAUGUUCGGCAACGGCGCCUACACCAUGAUGUUCGAGUCGGGCAGCAAGAUCCGCGCGUGCAUGAUGUGCCUGCACGCCUACUUCAACAUCUACCUGCAGGCCAAGAACGGCUGGAAGACCUUCACCAACCGCCGCACGGCCGUCAAGAAGAUCAACUCGCUGCCAGAGAUGCGCGGCGACCAGCUGACGGACAUCGAGGACGUGUGCGCCAUCUGCUACCAGGAGUUCGCCGUGUCGGCGCGCAUCACGCCGUGCCACCACUACUUCCACGCGCUGUGCCUGCGCAAGUGGCUGUACAUCCAGGACACGUGCCCCAUGUGCCACCAGAGGGUCUACGUGGAGGACGAGAGCCGGGACCGAGCCGCCUUCUCCAACAACAACGGGGGCUACGCGGCGCCUCGGGACGCCGCCGGCGCCGCCCCGCCGGCUCCGGGGGAGGACGAGCGCGGGCAGCCGGGCGGCGAUCCGCCGGGCGACGGGGCGGUGGGCGGCGGCGUCCAGGCGGCGGCGGGAGGAGGCGGACCGGGGGAGCUCGACAACGAGCUGCUGGAGGACAACGACAGCAUCGAGUACGACGAAGACGAGUGGGGGACUCAGAACGGCAGCACGCCGGUAGAGGAAGAUUACAUCAACGACGACACGGACUCCACCGAGGACUGACGGGGAGAUAUAAAUAGAUCUUUAUUAUAUUUAAAAACACGACAGCAUCUUAAUUUCUUUCUUGAAAAAUGUCAGGGAUGUCAUGCGCUUUUUUUUUCUUUUUUCUCCCCGUUCUUGUUAGUUUCUUUUGAUUUUUACUCUUAAGAGGGCUUGAGGAAAGAGUAACUGCUGCUCUCAGAGUGUGUGUGUGUGUGUGUGUGUGCCGAGGCUGAAUGAUGUACGCCAAAAAUCCAUAUUGUUAUAUUUUACUUUGAGCAUUUUAAUAAUCAUAAAUUAUUGGAGAUCCUGAUACAAGUCUUGCUACGUGGGCACAGCCGUUGGUUUAUUAUCACACAUCACUAAGUUAAUGCAUACAUACAUAUUUAUAUACAUAUUUAUAAAUAUAUUUAUAUAUAAAUACCAUAAAUAUAGAUAUAUUUAUAUAUAAAUAUUUAUAUAUUAAUUAAUUAAUAAAUAUAUUUAUAUACAUAUAUGAAUAAACACUUUGAUUUCAUUACAUUAGCGGCCCCAAUGAGUGUGUGUGUGUGUGUGUGUGUGUGUGCCGACGUCCCCAGCUGUGUGUGGAGCGAGCGACCAAACGAGGACUCAGAGCUUCGUGUUUCUAGGAGUCUUUAAGAAAGUUUAGUUUGCUUCCGUUUUUAAAUCGUCGGCGCUCCUCGAUCCCCGACGCGGCGGGUCGAUCCCCGACUCGGCGGGUCGAUCCCCGACGCGGCGGGUCGAUCCCCGACUCGGCGGGUCGAUCCCCGACGCGGCGGGUCGAUCCCCGACGCGGCGGGUCGAUCCCCGACGCGACGCGACGAGAUUCUGCGAAGCGUCUUUUUCUGUCGAGUCCGAGAGGAGAAAAAAAAAACAACCUAACUAGAAGCAAAGUGACUCGCUGCUGUAAAUCACUGGAAUGCCUCUCGUCACUUACUACUGGUCUCUUGUGCGACCUCGCUUACAUUUGUGUACGUUAUUGUACAUGUAAUAAAAACAACGUGCACGCGUUCUCUCCAUUAGGACGAGAGGAGCUUCAUACAAUAAAUAAUAAUGAUGCAAAUCUACACAUUUUCUUUCCCUUCACGUGAAUCAGUGUUCAGUUCGGUGACGUUCUCCACAAAUGUAUUUAUUAUCCAAACAAAACACAGUAUGAAAAGUACUUGGAUUUCUUUCCAGAGGAAGAAAACAAAAGUACCAUUAUUAUUAUUUAGUGUGUCGGUUGUUCGUCACGUUUAAAAAAAAAAAAAG